AUGGAGGAGAGGGGGAAGGUGGUGUGCAUGGCGAAGCUGGCCGAGCAGGCGGGGAGAUACGAUGAUAUGGUGGAUUUUAUGAAGAAGCUUGCUAGGAUGGAUGUGGAUAUGAGCGUUGAAGAGAGGCAUUUAUUUUCAGUUGGUUUUAAGAAUACAAUUGGUGCAAGGAGGGCAUCAUGGAGAAUCCUUUCUUCACUUGAGCAAAAGGUGGCAGCGGGUGAGCAGGCUGGCCGGAUGAUAAGUGUCUACAGAACGAAAGUUGAGGAUGAACUAAGGAUGGUUUGCAAUGAAAUAUUGUCAAUCAUCGCUAUUCAUUGCCUUCCCUUGGCUAAUGCGGGUGAAAACGUUGUGUUCUUUCAUAAAAUGAAAGGUGACUACUACCGUUACCUGGCUGAAUUUAGCACUGGGGUUGAAAAGAAGUCUGCUGCUGACCAAUCACUCAUGGCCUAUCAGCAUGCCAUGGUUGUUGCCUCCACCGAGCUUUCGCCUGCUCAUCCAAUCAGGCUUGGCCUUGCGCUCAAUUUCUCAGUGUUCUUUUAUGACAUAAUGAACUGUCAUCAGAGAGCUUGCCAAGUUGCAAAACAAGCAUUUGAUGAGGCUACUACUGAGAUUAAUUCCGCUGGUAUGGAUGGCAACAACGAUAGCACACUAAUGAUGCAGCUUCUGAACGACAACCUAGCAUUGUGGAAGUCAGAACUAACUGAAGGUGAAACCUCGAAGGAUAGCGACAUCGAUAUGGAGGAGGGAUAA